GCGAACUUCUCCUACUGGCUCGUUGCCUGAGAAAUUAAGCUCUCGGGAGACCCGUCUGUGGCUUGGACGUUGAGAUGAUCUGAGCACAGGCACCAUCUCCUCUAGCAUUGUCAAGUCCAAUUACACAUUCUGUUCGAAGGAUGCGACUGCCUGGGAUACGGUGUCAUGGCAAUUCUUCGUAGGACAGGUGAGAAGCUAGAAGAAAUUGGCAUAUAAAGUCUCGACGAUCUUCAUUUUCUACCCAUCUCUACUCAUCGCAGCAUUCAAUCGUUCAGUCCAAAGUACCUCGUAAAAUCUAAUAAUUCAAUCGUUAAUCAUGAAGUCAUUCGCUAUUGCUUCUCUCCUCCUCAGCGCCCCUGCGGCAUUGGCCCUGCCCGAUGUCGUGGCCCAAGCACUCCCUGAAGGCUGCGCUUCAUACCCUGGCUACAAUGAGGACACCGGCAUCGCUGGUCCCUGGGUUCUCCAGACUGUAGAUACCGAGAACGCUGCUAUUAACGGCUUCUCCGAUAUCUCCGUCUACUCAAUUGCCUACAACCCCGCAACAGACCGCAAGCCCACCAUUCGAUGGGGAUUCAUCAACUUCCCCAACGACAACAAGUACGCCAAGACCCCUCUCCAGUGCCAGGACGGCGUUCUCCACGCCCGCCCUGCCACCGACCUGACCGCCGCCGGCGCUCCCACCAACUACCAGUGGACUCCCCUGGUCAUCGCGCCGUACCCGUACGCCGCGAACCUGAUGUACAAGAUCGAGGGCGAGGAGGUCAAGAUCUUCGAGCACUACAUCGACGGCGUCAAGCAGCCCGGCGCCUUCAUCGGCGGCUACGACAACUCCACCACCUGGGGCUUCCAGUACCAGCCCGCCAACCAGGGCUCCAGCGGCUUGGACUACUUCUCCAUCAGGCUGUUGGGCCCCAACUCGGCGGAUCCUACUACCGGCGAGGCUCUGCGCGCCAACGAGACUAGGGGGUUCAUUAAGAUCCUUGGUUAGAUGGGAGAGGUUAGGGCGGAUUGAGACUGCGAUGAGCAUGGGGGUUGUCGAAUUUGCAUGACUACAUAGAGUAAAUGUCGGAAAGGGAGAGAGUAUGAUUGUUGGUAGUAUCUCAGCAUUCGCAUCUUUCUUCCAAGAACACUAUAAUAGAUUACGUUUAUGUCCCCAGCUGCAUGAUGGGAUUCACAAGAAGACGUUCAUUUAAGGUUGCGUUUGAAAUGUGGGGUAUUGAGACACUCCGAUAUUAGAUCGAGACAGAAGAGCUAUUGAGACAUUCUAAUGUGAGAUCGAGACUGAAGAGAUCGUGCUGAACGACCGUCCAUAUGUCGUCAACGAUCUGUCUCGUACGAGACGCAAUCGAG